GGCUUCGCACGCUCGACUUAGUGUGGCCAGGACAGCCGAAGAGGAAGGGGUGGGCUGCUCUCAGGUCCCCCAGUCCGCGCGUCGCCUGGCCUCGCUCCGCCUGUCCCUCCCUCCUCUCUCCACCACGAACUCUACGGAGCCACGCCCCAGCUGGCCCACGCCCCCGCCGAGCUCCAGCAACACGCAGCGAGUACCGGCGUGGCAGUAAAGCGUUCUGGUCUCACGGGGAAGCAAGGUCUUGGCGCGGAGAGACGCGUGUUGGGACUACGGCAACGUCUCGUAAGCUCAGAAACCUGCGAUCGUAAAUCUCAAGAGUGUCGAACUCCUGAGACGAUACUUCCACUGGACUCACCUUCUGCUUCUCGUUCAGUCAGCCUCCAGCGGCGCGGCGGGUGGAGGACGUGUUCAUCAGCGGUGCUCGAGCAGAGUAGCGUGUAUCAUAUAAAUUCUUCACCGUGACAGCCGUGUUCUUCCUCGCCUGUGUGGGGAACGAGGCCCCUCAACGCACAGCACUCCGCCACGCACACCGCAGCAAGGACCUCGCCGGUGGAAACUUCGGACGAGGUGCAGCAACUUGACUCGAGAGAGAGACAAAAGCGCAGCGCCGAGAAGAGCACAAAACCCGAGGGAAGAAAAUAAAAAAAAAAGAAUAGCAAGAACCACAAACAACUUCAAAACAGCGAUAACAAGCACCGCCACCCAAGAGGAAACUAAAUAAGCGACUAACGAACCGAACACGUAACUUCGCCUCCUCAUCAGACUCCCACUUGUGGAAUCUCGGCUUAACUUGCCCUCGUGAUGUCCCGCCCGUGAGCAGCAUGGGUGUGGUGAUCCCCGCCAAGCUACUUCUGCCCCUGGCUGUGGCGUGUGUGGCGGUGGGCGGCGGGGUGCGGGCGGCAGGCGGGGACAUCUUCUACUUCAGCUCUUGGCCUGCUACUGGGAGGGUCGCUGCCGGGGAGGAGAGGGUGUUACGCUGCGCUGUGUCCGACGCCGCCAGCAUCACCCUCACCUGGAACCUGGACGGCCGCCCCAUCACCUACUCCUCCAGGCGCCGCGUGAGAGGGGGCGCCAGGGGAACAGCUGACCUGGUAAUUAGCCGCGCCACACCUGAGGACACCGGAGAGUACACCUGUAUUGCCCACAACACCACCUCUGGCUUCGCCCUCACCUCGCUGCCCGCCACUCUCACCGUGCUGUGGGUUGGGGAGGAGUCAAGGGUGGUGCUGGCCGACCCGAAGGAGAAGGGGGCACUCCGCAGCGGCUCCUCGGUCAAGUUAAGGUGCAGGGUAGAAGGCGGGCCGGACCUUUACUACGUCUGGCACAGGAAUGGAGAAGAGGCAGACGGAGUGAAGGGAAUCAGUGUCUCCAGGAAGCGUCUCUCUAUCUCCAAUUACGACGCGGCGACUCACAACGGCGUGUACACCUGCAGGGCCUCCGUCUAUAAGCCACCAGGUGUUCCUCUCCCCUCCGCUGCCCCUCUCACCGUCACCACCACUCACACACCUCUCACCCUCGCCCUCAAAGACAGCAAGGUGCCAGAGAUCGAGGUGGCCCCGGCGUCCCUGGUGGUGGGUGCGGGGCUGCGCGCUAUGCUGCACUGCCGCUACCGAGGCAACACCAACCUUACCUGGUACCUGAACGGCGCCGGGCCUCUUACUAACAGCUCCAGGCACGUGCUGCUGAGGAACGGGAGUCUGGUUGUGCAGGCGGCGAGUGUCGGAGAUGAGGGCGUGUAUACAUGCAAGGGACGACUCAAGGACCGCCCUUACUCCUCCUCCUACGCUGCUACCCUCACCCUUGCCUAUCUGGACACCAACUCCCCGCCGACGCUUGAGCCAGGCCCUAACCUUCGCAACAUGCACGUGGUGGGCGCUGGGGGUCGGCUGAAGGUUCUAUGCCUCCCUCCUGCCGGUCUGCCGCGCCCUCGUGCAUCCUGGGUCGCCUUGGAACUGAAGGAGAAGGACGAAGGAGACUCAGGGACGGAGAACAGAGGCGCUGAGUUGCUGGUGGAGGACGUCAGCUAUGCACACACUGGGAACUAUACGUGUGUUGCUUCAAAUCUGGCUGGAAAUUCGUCUGUUUCUCUCCAGCUGGUGGUGACGAGAAAGCCACACGCUCAGCUGGUGACGGCGCCCUUGGAGGUACUGGAGGAGGAGACGGCGAGGCUGGAAUGUCGUGUGGAUGCCUCGUCACGCCCUUACACUAACGUCACCUGGACUCGUAAUGGCAGCCCGGUUAGCGUGGACGACUACCGCAUCUCCGUGUCUGGCAUGGAGGAGGGCGUGACGGAGGGAGUGUCAGUGCUGAGGAUUCGAUGGGCGCGUCUCACAGAUGCUGGGGAUUACGCCUGCGUGGUGAAUACCCUGGGGCACCCUCCUGCAGCCACUAACCCCGUCAGGCUGGCCGUCACGGAACGGCUCAAAUUCUCCCCAUUGCCCCGAGACACACGCGUGGAGGUGGGUGCCAAUCUCAGCAUCCCGUGCGAGGCGAGUGGCGCGGACUCUCCCAUCACUACCUGGCAUAGAAUCUCCCACCAGACGCUGGUCACUCUACCGGAACGGAUGGUGAACCUGGAAGGGCGGCUGGAGAUCACUGGGGCGGAGCUGGAGGAUGCUGGAAGGUACAUGUGCGUCGCUGCCUCCUCCCAGGGCGCCAUCAACGUUACCAUUACUCUCUCCGUCAUUGAGAGCCCCGUGCUGGAGUGGGUGACGCAGGGCCCUGUGUUAGUGGACCGAGGCGACACCCUUCUCCUGGAGUGCUUCGCCAGAGGGAGCCCCCAGCCCUCCAUCCACUGGGACUACAACCACACCACCAACGCCUUCGACCCGGAGAGGGUGAAGCUGUACGGCAAUGGCACGCUGCAGGUGUCUGAGGUGCGCUGGGAGGACGGCGGCAUGUACGGGUGCACGGCUGGUAACAUGGUGGGUUUUGCACGGGCGGAGAUUGCUGUUACUGUGACAGGCGACAGUUCGCAGUUACUCGGGCGGACAGUGGGCGUGGCGGUGGGCGGGGCGGCAGCUUACAUUGCUCUGGUGGGCGCCAUGCUUAUCUAUUGCCGACAGAGACGCCACCGUUUGAAGCAGCCCUCUCCGCAGCACGCCAGGGGAGGUGGUGGAGUGAGUGAGGCAGCCCAGCGGCCGGAGGAGGCGGAGAGGCUGAUGUACGCUGCUCCUCCAGGCGGCGUGGUGGGGGCACAGGCCGCCACCAGAGUAGGGAGGCUGGACCCCCCUUGCCACGUACAGCUGUCCCAAGUGUCCACUCACACCCUGGCCACCUCCACCCACCUGGGACUCUCGCAAGCCUCCACUAAGACACUUGGGGGAUCGUCUGCCUCCACCCGACACUCCUCGCCCCUGCAACCCAACUCCUCCCCGUCACCCCAGAGCGGCCUCCCCACGGGCCUCAGCGAUCACCUGUACAUGAGGCCUGAUGCGGCACCAUCUGGUCACACCCCCACCCAGGACAAGCCAACCAUCCAGCGGGAAAACCUGCAGGUCCUCUUAACUCUAGGUCACGGGGAGUUUGGGGAGGUGCAGUUGGCGCGCCUGAGGAACCCUAAGGACGAGACUCAAGGGGAGGAGGCGCCACCUGACCCUGACAGCCUCGUGAUGGUGAAGGUGAUCAGCACGAGGGACGAGAGCCAGCUGGCGGAGGUGUGUCGGGAGGCUGCCAUGUUCGGGGGCCCUCCGCAUCCCAGCCUCGUCUCCACCAUUGCCUUCUGCACCGCCCACACCCCUCACCUCCUCCUCACCCAAUACACGGACUGGGGUGACCUGAAGCAGUUCCUGUUAGCUACGCGGAAGGAGUCACCGCGGCCUGUAGGGAGCCUCCGACCCCCGCCCCUUGCCCUACCCCACGCCCUCAGCCUCGCCUUGCAGACCGCUGAGGGGCUGGAGUUCCUGAGUGGGCGGCGGCACAUUCACAGGGACGUGGCUGCUAGAAACUGCCUCGUCACCUCCAGCCUGCAAGUGAAGCUAGCGGCCCCGGCACUCACCAGGGACGCCUAUUCCUCUGAGUACCACACCUACAGGAACCAGGUGGUGCCCGUGCGCUGGCUGGCCCCCGAGGCGUUGCUGGAGGAGGAGCACAGCAUGAAGAGCUCCGUGUUCUCGUGGGCGUGGCUUGUGUGGGAGGUGCUCACCCAGGCGGCCAUUCCCCACGCUGACCUCACCGACCACCAGGUCGUGGUUGCCGCCGAGCGAGGAGAGCUGAGAUGCACCGCGCCUCCCAAGACACCCCCUGAGUUAGAGGCGCUGCUGAUGGCGUGCUGGCAAGUGUCUCCAAAGGCGCGGCCCUCCAUUUCUGUCAUGGUGGACGCACUGAAGGCCCUCACUUGAUCACACACUCUCUCUCUCUCUCUCUCUCUCUCUCUCUCUCUCUCUCUCUCUCUCUCUCUCUCUCGAUGAGGACUCGCCGCGCCGCCACUCCUUCAGGUUAGGGCGCGUAACUCAGAUGUUCAGUACCUUCAGUGGAUUGAAGAUACAGUGCAUCAUUAUUCGCUUUUAUUUAUGUAUGGUUGCCGAAUUUCCUAUAUAGCCCUAGGGAAUAAUGACCUUCAGGUAAUUACAGGUAAAAGAGGUCAUUAGCGAGAAGUAUUUGAAGGUAUCAAUACUCAUCUGCUUUUCUUUUUCUUAUUUGUGUACAGUUGCAGAAUCUCUUCAAUAGAUAUAGAAAGUAAUCUUCAUAUAAUAAUCUCCAAGUGGGGAAAAAGUAAUUAGCAGAAGGUAUCGAAGGUGUAAUUAUAUGCUUUCUAUUUCUGUACUGUCGCAGGAGUUCAUUAUAGGACGCUCACUACUAACUACGUAUCUUCAGGUAACUAGAGGCGAGAAGUGUCAUUAGAGGUGAUUCAAUACUGUGAACUGUGUAGGAGGAGUGUGGUGUGCUCAUAACGUCACUAGGACAUGGGCAGGCUGUGAAGGCCAGGAGGGGUUUGGUGGGCAGAUAUGUAUGCUGUCUAUAGAGAUUCACGGUCAUGGUGGUGGGGAGGGGCGUGUUGUAUUAUCGUACUCCGGGCAACCCACCAGCACAGCGCCUCAAACUAUGCAUACGGUACGGUUUAUAGAUAGUAUUAUUAUUACUUACAAAUACUUAUUUACUCGUAUCUCUAUUGCUGAUAAACGCUGGCUUGAAAUUGUACUUGUUACUUUUGACUUAAAAUUGACUGUAUAUAAAGCAUGCAGUGUUCGCCAUUGGUGCUUGCAUUUGUUAAUGGCAGUGAUAAAAGAUUCCUAUAUCGAGGUUGCCAGCGUACGAUAAUCCAGCUUUCACUUCCCUUAACCGUAACUAUGGCACUCAAUUAUUCAUUUUGUGUUUACGUAUCAAGGUGACUGGUCAAGGGCAACAAAACUAUUUCUACUGUUCUUGUAAUUGGUUCUCCGUUUUCUAAUUCACCUUUAUUGUUGCGUGACUGAUUUAAUAGAUGGCGCUGAUGUUGGGCCGUUAUGAAGACAGUAUUACGGCAAUUAUCUUCCUGUGUUGUUGAUUGUUACACUGGUAGUUUUUUAUCGCCAUUGUCUCGAGUCAGCAUUGCGUCAGUCUUGAGUUCAGCGGAGGAAGAAAAAAACACUAGAUGAAUUUUCUUUGUUAUAUUUGACUUCAACAUUCCUGCUUUUUGUUGAUUGUGUGAAUUCCCGGGUGGUGGAUCUGAAGGUCACAGCAAGAUGGAAGUCAUUUGUAUAUAGAACAAUGUCUAUUCUAAGGUAUUUAUGCAUUCCAGGGAGUGAUGUCAACUUUUACCUCACUUCUUUGGUACUCUUAAGUUUGUUUGAAGGGAGAAGUAAAGGACUUCUUCCCUUUUUGGUUUGUUCGUGUUUAAGUUUUUUAUUGUUUCGUUUUGUUGAGACUCUCCUGUUGCUGUACAUGACUUUCUGCUUGUUUGGUGUACAUAUGUGUUUGUGUUUGUGCUGGGAGGAGAGCAAUAGUAAUGUAUCCAGGUGUUUUGUAUACGGCAAGGUGUUUAUAGGUUAAUUAGUGAUACGUUCCUGUGUGUGUGUGUGUGUGUGUGUGUGUGUGUGUGUGUGUGUGUGGGGAGAGAGAAAGAGGUGUCCUGCGCGGCUGUUAGGUGAGGAGAGAGUUGUUUGUUAUUAAUUGUGGUCGCCGCGUGUCUUACAGAGGAGCUGUUUGGUGGUUUUGUAUUCUUGGUUUGUAAGUGUCUAUUAAGUAUUUAUUUUCAUGCAAAAUUGUUAAGUACUAAGAAGCUUUAACUGACCAAGCUUUAAGGAGGCCCGUUGAAUAUGAUUUGGCAGGAGUAUGUUGUGUUGUGCAUCUUUUAGUGAAGCGUGUUCCUGUUAGCUGUCUGUUAUUGGUUUGGCUGCCAGAUCCGCGGAUCAGAGCUGCCCUACUGGUGUCCUACUUGCCAAAGCCUUAUGUCAUGUAUCCAUUAAAAGAUCAAGGAAAC